AUGACUUAUUUGUGGCACUUGAGGGCUGUAAGUAGUGCAGUCAAUGGGAUGACAGCCAUCCCAUGGUGCAGCAGUGAAAGAAGCCAGUCCCUCCUAUCCUUCCUGAAGCGACUGAGGGCCUGUCAGGAGGCUUGGUGCCCCGGAGUACCCUGGGAUAAAGAAGAAGCCCACAGUGCACUUUUGGGAAAGCCUGCUGGAAGUUUCUUGGUUUUGAGGGAUCCCAAGACGUCUCAGCCAGCUCUACUGUGUGUAUCUACAGGAGAAAAGAAUGAAGGAGUUGAGGAUUACCAUAUAAAAUGCACCAGCACAGACAUCCAGCUCUGCCAGUCUCAGCUAGGUUUCUGUGACUUGUCUCAGCUCGUGCUCUUCUACUCUCUGACAAGGGAUGUGUUGGCCGCUUGUCUGUCCAUUCCUUCGUGGAUCUACAGUGUAACAGAACAGACACAGGCCCGUCUCUCUCAGCUGGAGCCCAAAUCCUGGCUCUACACACUCCCUGAUCUGCAAACAGAGUGCCUGACCCACAAAGCCCCAAACACUGUCAUGUGCACAAUACAGCUUACAUCAGGCAGCAGAGCCCUUUGUUUCAUCAACCCCCUUUACCUCCAUGAGCAAGGCGAUGACUGGCUGACAAACCAGCCACCUACUCCUCUGUGCCCUUCACAGCUGACCAGUAAAAGACAGGAGAGACGCCUUAGUUCCACGAGGCCAUGGGAAGGGGUGGGGCUAAAGAACAGACGAGCCAUCUCACUGGACCAGGAAAGUUAUACUGCUAGCCCUGACAUUUCAAGUCAAAUCAGAGCCCAGUCAGCCGAUUCAACAAGUUUCCCCCCUACCCCAACACCAGCUGCCAUAGCAGAGGUGGUCCUGAGGCAAACCAGCCUAGGUACUUCCUCCAAUCCCCGCUCGAGAGCAGGGAGCCAGGCGAGCGUACCAGCAACCACCUCCUCUACCCCCUCAGUAUCUGGGACACUAGCUAGCUCAGUCUCCGAGCUGCAGUAUUUCAGCAGUCCCGUGCCCCAGUCUCCUCACAGAGUGUCCUGGAUUGAGGACGGGGUCUGGCUGGCCCCUCCCAGGCCCCCCCAGGAGCCCAAUCUGACAGAACUGGACUCACUGUCCAUCAGCAGUGUCGAGGAGGAGCAGGAGACGCCAUCCGCAGGCUCCACCCACAACCAACUAUCCGCACAACGGUUGGCUGACAAGGUCAAGCACCGCCUGUCAGCAGUGGGGCAGGUGAUAGGCGGGCUGGUUUGUCAGGAGAAAAGACUGACCAACCGGGUGGUGGAGCUGAGCCAGCGGAAGGACGGGACAUUUGCGGAGGCGGUUCGAGAAUUCAUUGAGGCAACACUGAGGGAAGGGCUUGACCCCAGUGAGGUCACAGGGACAGAGUUCUUACAGAAAGUGAGGUCAUCGCUGUCAGAGCUGAGAGACACCCUGCUGGACUAUCCAGAGAUCCAGGCGCUGUUGGACAGCAUGACUGACACAUCUGACUCGGAGAUAGAUUCCAUGGUGGAGCUGUCCCUGCACAAGGUGGCUCUGAAGCCUAUUUCCACCCAACUCUACUCCUCCAUCCACGUCGCCCGUAGCCACAAUGGCACCCUGCUGCAUCUUCAGAGCAACCAGCGAGUGCUGGAGGGACGAGGGGUGGAAGAGCUGGGUGGGUCAGCGGGAGCAGGAGUGCCUGACCCCCCCACCCUGGAGCACAUACAACAGAGGUGGGGCCGUAUGCAUUCUGCCUACUCCCCAAGCAAGAAGGUCCAGAUCCUGCUCAAGGUCUGCAAGAGCAUCUACCACAGCAUGAAUGCCAAUACUAGCCCAGGUGUGGUGUUUGGAGCAGAUGAUUUCUUGCCCUGUCUGACAUGGGUGCUGCUCCGUAGUGACUUGGUCACCUUACAGCUGGACACUGACUACAUGAUGGAGCUGCUGGACCCCACACAGCUACAGGGAGAGGGUGGUUACUACUUGACAACUCUAUACAGUUCUCUCUAUUAUAUCAGCAGCUUCCAGCCACGAUUGGCUGCCCGCCAACUCAGCAUAGAAGCCCAGCAGUCUAUCAACCGAUGGCAUCGCAGGCGCACACUAUACUGCAACCAGUCACGGCGCACCAAGCAUCGCCAGACCAUUCGCCGGCAGGCCUACAAGGAUAAGAGGAACAGCAGAAGCUCUGAGGUAGCGGCAGGAGGGGACCAGGAAGGCAAAAGUGGGGGAGAAAGUGACUCCAUGAAAAUGGCUGCCACAAGUGAUGAUGCUGACUCGCAGCAGCAGACAGUACCCAACACGGAGGCCAUUGAGAAAAUCAGAGAGGAGACGAAGAAAAGGCAGGGAGCUGAGGACGAAUCAAAAUUGUUAGCUUCAUCAUUGCAGCACCCACCUCUGGGACAGAAGAAACUAUUGCUUGAAGAUGAUGAUCCGCAGUCAGUUAGUAGAGCAAGUGAGGAGGCCGCUGCUGCGAAGGAGGGGGAGAAGGAAGAGAGAUAGGAAAGGACAGUGGAGAACACUGAGGAAGAAAGAAAAGGAAGGGUGCUGAGGGUGAGACGCAGCAGGCCCCUGUCCACGGGAGGGCCCAUUAUCUUCAUACUCCAUGGACCAAGUAGUUAGAGGCAGGGGAGUAGUGAGUGAGCUUACCAGCUGUUACAAGUUGUCAUGUAGUCAGACACCCCUGGAUCUUCAACCGACACACCGGGAUUAGGCUUCUCUCUCUCUCGCUUUCUCUAUCCCCCCCCCCCUCUAUCCCUGUAGAGACCAUCAGCAAACACGCUGAUCAAUGUCAUAAAGCUGAUUCAGGAGCGAUGUUGA